AUGUCUACCCUGGUUUCCCUCGAUCUUCUGCUAGAAAUGCAUCCAACAAAUGCCGGCCCGGGCUUACAAGGGGUCCUUCGGACUGAUCGAGAGUCUAAGCAGGUGCGCGUCCUCGGCCAUGUUUCGCGUCCGGUUCAGGGAGAUGGCAGGCAAGCCCCAGAUCGGCAGAUGUUUUUCGUUAAUGGAAGACCAUGUGGGCUGCCACAAUUUGCUAAGACAUUCAACGAAGUUUAUAAGGCUUACAACAUCUCUCAAUCGCCAUUCAUAUUCGCCAAUGUUCAACUCGACACAAAUAUGUAUGAUGUGAACGUCAGUCCUGACAAACGGAGCAUUCUUCUUCAUGACCAAAGCUUGUUGCUCGAUCGUCUUCGUUCAUCUUUGGUCAGAUUGUUCGACAGCCAUGACUAUCAAUUGCCUACAACUCAGGUCCUCACUACAGAGACCCCAGGCUGUCCAGCUUCCGUCGAUGCUAAUAGGCGGUCAAUAUCUCUGAUUAGAGAAAACUCUCCUCAUGCUUCCGAAUCCGAGCUCUCCGCUGCUUCACAUAGUGAAUCAGAUGGUGAGUCUCCAUUUAACACUGGCUUUGUAAAGGGGAAUUCAUCGAAAAUGACAAGGCAGGAAGACAAGAUCGCCUCAGGAGGAAGAGAAGGGGCCAGAAUCGCACCAGAAUCGCUCACCAAGUGGUUUGGGUGUGAUGCAAACCGACCACCGAAUUCAAACUGUACUAGCCAAAAUACACAUGUCAAACGGCGCCGGCCUAGCUUGAGUUUAUUUGCCUCAAGUCGGACGACAGCAUUAACCGACUCAGAUACAGAACAGACCUCACAAAGCGAAUCGUUGAGGGGCGUGGAUCCUAUUGCUGAUACGGCACCAAGGAAUGCAACAGUUGUGGACCACGGAACCAAUUCCCACAAGCCUGGUGAAGCCUUAUCAGAUUCGAGAAGUCCAACAGCGCUAUCUUGGAAUGCCAUCUCUAGUGUACCAUCAACGUCUUUCGUUCAAACAAUUGGACAUGGCGAUACUGUACUUCUUAGCCAGAAGAAGCAGCCACACAAGGGAGCUGUACCGCAAACAUUAGGAGACUCGCAUUAUUCUCACCUCCCCAAUUCAGGACACACUGGAAAAGUUUGCGGUUUCGGCGAAUUUAAAGGUAGAACCGCUCAGUGUAGCUGUUCGAGUUGUUCAUCUGACCCCGAAAAUCCUGAAGAUACUAUCCUCGACGACCGGUUUUCUUCCUCUUAUACGAAGACCCAGCUGUCGGAAGCAUUGACGCUUCAUCCCAAGGGAAUGGCAAAACAUAACACGGAGAACUUAGGCGGGACUAGAUUGGUGACGCCGCGUCCUAACGAACCGCAAAUUGAGGAAGACAAGCACAUUCGCCGAUCCGUUUCUGACUCGAACGAUCUAGAUAAUGUUGCGCAAGGAGAUACUAACGGAAGACCUCAUGCGAAUAGUUCGGCGAGUCGUAGAAACAGAGCUCUGGGAGAUGGUCUACGCAAGAAGUUUGGAACAGCUCAAUAUUCACAGAUAAUACGAGCAACUGAAGCCACACUAGCGUCCCUUUCCAGCUCAUGGUUGGCAUACUCGGUCCAAAACAUUGCAGGUCCAGUUGAGGAGGGGGUAGCAGACAUCACUGCAUCUGACGCCGAAUCAAAGCUCCCCCUUAUUAUAGCAAAAGAUGACUUUUCGAAGAUGAGAGUGGUCGGUCAAUUUAAUUUAGGGUUCAUCAUCGCAGUGCGUCCCAAAUCACACCGGCAUACAUGUCGUGAGGCCGAUGACGUGGAUGAGCUCUUUAUAAUAGAUCAACAUGCUUCAGACGAAAAAUUUAAUUUUGAACGACUACAAGCGAAUACUGUGAUUCAGUCACAGCGACUUGUCUACCCCAAAUCACUCCAGCUAACGGCCCUGGAGGAAGAAAUUGUUCUUGAGAACCUACCAGCCUUAGAAGCCAAUGGUUUCAAAAUCCAGGUGGAUUCCACAGGAGGCUCGCCAGUUGGGGCGCGUUGCCAGCUCUUGGCAUUACCCUUGAGUCGUGAAGUGACCUUUACACUUAACGAUUUGGAGGAACUGAUCGCGUUGCUUGCUGAGGAGUCAUCUGGUUCACGGCACAUCCCCAGGCCAUCCAGAGUGCGUAAAAUGUUCGCAAUGAGGGCAUGUCGGAGCAGUAUCAUGAUCGGUAAACCCUUAACUGCAAACCAAAUGUACCUGCUGUUAAGGCAUAUGGGUGAACUAGAUAAGCCGUGGAAUUGCCCGCAUGGGCGGCCAACAAUGCGUCAUCUUUGCUCUCUGCUGGCCUGGGACAAGGCAAAGUGGGUGGCCGAUUUGCAUGGUAAUUCUACAGCAGAAUCAUGGCUCGCAUACAGUAUGGAUUAUUGA